GAAGGGGAGGAGGCGGAGCAGCAGGUGUAAAAUCCCAUGUCGCUGGGAGAAGGAAGAAAUGAUUUUCAAGAGCCACAACCUGCAGCUGAGCACAGAUACUCUUGGCCUCUGCACAGCGCUUGUCCCCCUGGCUGCCUGAAGCUUCCCGACCUUUCAUCCCCAGAGCCAGCCCUGCCCAUGGGAGCAGCCUGGGGCUUGGUGGAAUAUGGCUGUAAGAUUCCAGGUCACAGCCAUGGAGGAGAUGAUCAUCUGGGAGCAGCACACGGUGACGCUGAGUAAGGACCCUCGACGGGGCUUUGGCAUCGCCAUCUCAGGAGGCAGGGACCGUCCCAGCGGCGUGGCAGGGGACCCCUCCAUCGUGGUCUCAGAUGUGGUACCUGGCGGUCCAGCAGAUGGCAGGCUCCAGAUGAGGGAUCACAUUGUGAUGGUGAACGGCCUCUCCCUGGAGAACGUGCCCUCCUCCUUCGCCAUCCAGACGCUCAAAACCUGUGGCAAGUUAGCCAACAUCACAGUGAAGAGACCCAAGAAAAUUCAUCUUCCUGUGACCAAAACCAGCCAGGCGCUCUCCAGUGACUCCUUGCACACGCCCGAUGCUGUCCAGUACGAUUCGGAUGAGUAUGGGUACCAGGGAGACGAGGCGUCGCCACGGAGCACAGGGAAAGGAGACCGGCACGACAGUUAUGGCAGGACUCGGCCUCAGGAUGAUGUGGAUUACAACAGAGGCUAUGACGGAGACUCCUCCAGUGAGAGGAGCUCCGGCCACUAUCGGGAGAACCGCGAUAUUCGAAGGCCGACAUCCAGAGGCAAAAGGCGGAGCCAAGAUGGCAGCUACAGGAGACAGAGCCGAGACAGCGGCUCUGAGAGGCAGAGUUACCACAGACAUCACUCCACCAAUGGGUAUGGCCACGAAGAGGACACCAAUGGGCUUGCCCUAGUUUCUGGGUUCAAGAGGCUGCCGCCCCAGGAGGUACCAGUGAAACCCAUCCACGCUGUUCUGGUGAAGCGGAAAGAGGAUGAAGAGUACGGCUUGAAGCUGGGAAGUCAGAUCUUUAUCAAACACAUCACGGAGACAGGCUUGGCUGCCAACGACAGCUCGCUGCAGGAGGGGGACCUCGUUUUAAAGAUUAAUGGCAUCGCCAGCGAGAACAUGUCUCUGGCUGACACCCGCCGGCUGAUUGAAAGGUCAGAGGGGACGCUGAGGCUGCUUGUGUUCCGGGACAACCGGCAGUUCCUGGUCAGCAUCCCACAAGUGGUGGACAGCGACAGUGCGGGAGGGGAGACGGCCCAGCAGGGAGAGGCUGGACACGAUUCAGAACGAUGCUCCAGUCCCAGGUACAGCCCAGACGCCAAGAUUGUGCGCUUUGUGAAGGCCAAGAGCAUGGGGCUGGGGCUGGCUGGCGGCAAGAGCCCCGCAGCCGGCCAGGGCAUCAGAGAGGGGGACCAGGUUCUGCAGGUGAACGAGACCAGCUUCCAGAGCCUGACCCGAGAGGAGGCCGCGCAGUACCUGCUGUCCGUGCCGCCGGGCGACGAGGUGGUUCUGCUGACCCAGAGCAAGCAGGACAUCUACAGGAAGAUGCUCAAGUCCAACGUGGGGGACUCGUUCCACAUCCGCACGCACUUUGACUUCGAGAAGGAUGCUCCCUCUGGGCUGAGCUUCACGCGGGGCGAGGUCUUCCACGUGCUGGACACCAUGUACCGCAGCAAGCUGGGCAGCUGGCUGGCUGUGCGCGUGGGCAGAGACAUGCAGGAACUGGACAAGGGAAUCAUCCCCAACAAGAGCAGGGCUGAGCAGAUCUUGAAGGCCACCUCUGUCGCCAGCUCCUCCGGGGCCCGGGCCGAGUUCUGGAAGCUGCGGGGCCUGCGGGGGGCCAAGAAGACGCUGCGGAAGAGCCGCGAGGACCUGUCGGCUCUCACCAAGCAAGGCCACUAUCCACCCUACGAGUGGGUGGUGCUGCGGGAAGCCAGCUUCAGGCGGCCAGUCGUGAUCCUGGGGCCCAUCUCUGACAUCGCCAUGGAGAAGCUGAGCACCGAGCUGCCUGAUCAGUUUGAAAUGGCCCAGAGCGUGCCCCGUGACGGGGGGUCGGCCAAGGUCAUUAAACUGGACUCGGUGCGGCAGAUCGCUGAGAAGGGCAAGCAUGCGCUGCUGGACAUCACGCCGGCGGCGGUGGAGCGGCUCAACUACGUGCAGUACUACCCGGUGGUGGUGUUCUGCGAGCCCGACAGCAGGCGCGCCCCCAACUCCAAGAAGAGCUCCCGGCGCCUCUAUGCGCAGGCCCUCAAGAUGAAGAAGAAUUACAGCUACCUCUUCACAGCCAGCAUCAGCCUCAGCGACAGCACCAACACCUGGUACCAGAGCCUCAAGGAGAUCAUCCGGACCCAGCAGGCCCGGCCCAUCUGGACUGCGGAGGAGCAGGUAGCCACGGGGACCCUCUCACUCCUCCAGACUGGGUGCUGGGAAGAGUCCUCACCAGGCCGCGGGGGCUGGGUGGGAAGGAGGGACUCUGCAGGGGUGUCCGUCCCGGAGCCCAGCCAGGGCCUGACCCAGCAUCGUGCCGCCCACAGGGAGUACGAGCACAGCGCGCUGAAGAAGAAGUUCACACAGGCCCGGGCCUACGACUCCGAUGAGGACGAAGGUUACGACUGGGGCCCAGCCACGGACCUGUAGCCCCUCAAAUGGGCCUCCUCCCCCUCCACUCUGCCUGCUAGAAAGAGCCUGUCAUGCUGCACCGUCUCGUUGAUGCCCAGGACCAGAGCAACACCCCCCAGGCCCCCAUUCCUUUCUGCCCUGGGUCCAGCCCUCCGUCCCUUCUCAGCGGGGGCUGGCUCGCUCUGGCACACUGAGGUACAGGGCUAAUCUUCCUAAACCCAGGGCUGAGGGCAGCAGGCUGCUAGCGCUUGGCCUGAGCUGUUCUCCUGGGGCCCCAGCCUCUGAACACUUCCUAGAUUUUAAUUCUCCUCCCCCUCGCUGGAGCCAGAGCCCAGCCAGCCCCCAUCUCAGGCAAGUGCAGCUCUGCCCAGGGUGAGUCACGGGGCAGGGCUCCCUGGCUGGGGCGGUAAAUAGCCCUGCCUUUGUCUGUAUUAAAUAAAGGGACUUUUCACUAA